AUGUAUUUGAGAGAGAGGAGGCUUUGCAGAGGUUAUGGGGCAUGGAGUGCUGGACCUACCAACACCCAGGGUACAUAUGGAACUGGUGUGGCCAGUUGGCAAGGUUAUGAAAACUACAAUUAUUAUGGUGCCCAGAACACCAGCGUCACCGCGGGAGCAACUUACAACUACGGCCCAGCCUCAUGGGAGGCCACCAAGGCCAGCGACGGCCUGGCGCCUGGGGGCCCUGCCAUGCACAUGGCUUCUUACGGCCCAGAACCAUGCACUGACAGUUCUGACUCCCUCAUCGCCAAGAUCAACCAGCGUUUGGACAUGAUGUCCAAGGAAGGAGGAAGGGGCGGGAGCAGCAGCGGUGGGGAGGGCAUGCAGGACCGGGAGAGCUCCUUUCGCUUCCAGUCGUUUGAGUCCUAUGAUUCCAGGCCUUGCCUGCCUGAGCACAAUCCCUACCGCCCCAGCUACAGCUACGACUAUGACUUUGACCUGGGACCCGACCGCAAUGGUGGCUUUGGUGGUCAGUACAGUGACUGCCGGGACCCAGCCCGUGAGCGGGGCGCACUCGAUGGCUUCAUGCGGGGCCGCGGCCAGGGCCGCUUCCAGGACCGGAGCAACCCCAGCACGUUUAUGCGCGGCGACCCCUUCAUGCCACCUGCAGCCUCCUCUGAGCCUCUUUCUACUCCGUGGACAGAGAUGAACUAUGUGGGUGGGCGGGGCCUUGGCGGCCCCUCCCCCGGCAGGCCCCCGCCUUCCCUCUUCUCCCAGUCCAUGGCCCCUGACUUUGGCAUGAUGGGCAUGCAGGGGGCAGGUGGUUAUGACAACCCUGUGCCCUACGGAUGUGGCCGGUCACAGACCCGGAUCAGAGAUCAGCCUCGGCGGAGAGGGUUCAAUCGCUGUGGCCCAGAAAGCUUGGGCAGGAAACGGAAGCAGCUGCAGAUUUAUGACGAGCCUGACACGAAACAAGCUCGAGCUGACAGCGAAGGAGAAUUUUCUGAAAACGAUGAUGGAGCUGGUGACUUCCGGUCAGGAGAUGAAGAAUUCAAGGGUGAGGACGAAUUCUUUGACUCCGGGAGGCAGAGAGGAGAGAAGGACGACGAGGACGAUGAAGUGAAGAAGAGAAGGGAAAAGCAGAGGAGGAGAGACAGGAUGCGAGACCGGGCAGCUGACAGGAUUCAGUUUGCCUGUUCCGUGUGCAAGUUCCGUAGCUUUGAAGAUGAAGAAAUCCAGAAGCAUUUGCAAAGCAAAUUUCACAAAGAGACACUGCGCUUUAUAAGUACCAAGCUGCCUGAUAAGACGGUGGAAUUCCUCCAGGAAUACAUUAUAAACAGAAAUAAGAAAAUUGAGAAGCGGCGUCAAGAACUAAUGGAGAAGGAAAGUACAAAACCAAAACCAGAUCCUUUCAAAGGGAUUGGCCAGGAGCACUUCUUCAAGAAAAUAGAGGCUGCCCACUGCCUGGCCUGUGACAUGCUGAUCCCGGCGCAGCCCCAGCUCCUCCAGCGGCACCUGCACUCUGUCGACCACAAUCACAACCGCCUGUUGGCUGCUGAACAGUUCAAGAAAACAAGUCUCCAUGUGGCUAAGAGUGUUUUGAACAACAGACAUAUAGUGAAGAUGCUGGAAAAAUACCUCAAGGGUGAAGACCCUUUCACCAGUGAAGCUGGUGAUGCAGAAAUAGAAGGAGACGAGAAUUUAGGAGGUGAGGAUAAGGAAGAGACACCUGAGGAGGUAGCGGCCCAGGUCUUAGCUGAGGUGAUUACGGCAGCAGUGAGGGCAGUAGAUGGGGAAGAAGCACCUGCUCCAGAAAGUGGUGAAAUGCUGGCCAAACGGGACGACCCUGCGGACACAGCUGAGGCCGCUAGUGGUCCCCACCCCGAGGCAGAGACCCCCUGCGGAAUGGCACCUGAGAAGGGCAACACUGAAGCAGAAGCCGGAGGUGAAGCUGCUGAGGCUGGAGUUGCAGCGGAAGCCAUGGCAGCGCAGUCAGAAAGCACCGUGACAGUCACGGCUGCUGCAGAAGCCACAGCGGGACAGACUGACGCAGAGUCCAGAGAUGCUGUUCCCACAGAAUGAGCCUCCUUUCCCUGUUUCAAGGGAUCUGUUAUAUAAUGCAUUAUUCCUGUCCUUUGGUUUGUAAGUAGUACUAGGGUAUGUGAUACUGGAAUAUUAUUUUGGUGAAGAGACUCAGCCAUUUCCUUCAGAAAAGUGUACCUCACAGGCUUGUCUCACAGAGU